AUGAAUAAGGAUGUAGAAGAAAAAAUAAGGGAGAGAAUCAAAUCGCAGUAUCCAUUUCCCCCAUAUUAAUCCUAACUUGAUUUGUCUAAAGAUAUUUACGUGAGUUUGGCAUAAGGAACUAAAGUUUCUAUUUUUGAAUCUCCAACAGGAACAGGAAAGAGUUAUGCGUUAAUUGAGGGAGCUUUGAAUUAUUUAGAGGAUAUCAAGUCAAAUACAUUAAUCAAAGUAAAAUAGAAAUGUUAAAUUGAUGAUGGCAUGCCAGAUUGGUUUAAUGAACCAGACGUUGAGCUAAAGUUAAAUCCUUUAAGGAAACCUAAUGAAAACAAACAAUAGAAAAAACAUGUUAAAUUAGUAGAUGAUGAUGCUAUAUUUGAUUAUUCAAGUAGUGAAGAAACACAAAUUAAUUUGAGAGGAUAGUCAUUGAAUGAUAAGAUAAUCUAUUGUAGUCGUACUCAUUCUUAAUUGAAACAAUUUAUUAAUGAAAUUAGAAGAUCUAAACAUAAAGUUAGAGUUUCAACGAUUGGAUCUAGGUAGCAACUAUGUGUCAAUUAAUCAAUCUUAAGUAAGGCAAAUAACAAUGUUAAUAAAUUAAAUCAUCUUUGUAAAAGUCAUAAAAAGUAGUGUUCUUAUUACAAGUCUUUAGAUACUUUGGAGUAAUAUACAUAAGAAAUAUUUGACAUAAAUGAUUUACUCACUGCGAGUAAGAAGUGUCAAUCAUGUCCUUAUUAUGCAGCCAAGGAAUUGUCAUUACAAGCUGAUAUUAUUUGCACUCCUUAUUAGUUGUUGAUGGAAUCAAUAGAUUAAUAUAUUGAACCUAUAAUAAUUGUAGAUGAAGCCCAUAAUUUUGGUUCAGCUCUUUUACAAACUGAAUCAUGCGAAGUAUCCUUAAGCUAAUUAAAUAUUAUUGUUGGGGGGUAUUGA